UCAAAUAUCCAUACAAACACAAACACCAUUCCCAUUCCUUCUCAAUUUCUACCAUCUCCUGCAACAAUGGCCAGCUCUUAUUCUCCUCCUAAUGAUAGGAUUCUGUGGGUAGCUUUGCUAUUAGCAACCUCUCUAAUGUCUGCUUAUGCUGGUAAUUUCUACGAUGAAUUCGAUAUCACAUGGGGUGACGGUCGUGGAAAAGUCCUAAACAAUGGCGAACUGCUCACGCUCUCUCUCGACCAGUACUCUGGCUCUGGCUUCCAAUCGAAAAAUGAAUAUCUAUUCGGAAAGAUCGAUAUGCAGCUGAAGCUCGUCCCAGGAAACUCUGCAGGCACUGUUACUGCAUACUACCUUCGUUCGCAAGAAUCAGCGUGGGAUGAAAUUGACUUUGAAUUCCUGGGCAACCUUAGUGGGGACCCUUACAUUCUCCACACCAAUGUGUUCACACAAGGGAAGGGAAACAGAGAGCAACAGUUCUACCUAUGGUUCGACCCCACUGCAGACUUCCAUACAUACUCCAUUCUUUGGAAUCCUCGGCACAUACUUUUCUCAGUGGACACCACACCCAUAAGAGAAUUCAAGAACUCAGAGUCGAUAGGUGUCCCAUUCCCUAAGAACCAACCAUUGAGGAUCCAUUCGAGCCUUUGGAACGCUGAUGACUGGGCCACGCGUGGUGGGCUUGUCAAGACAGAUUGGUCUCAGGCGCCGUUUACAGCCUCGUACAGAAAUUUCAGUGCCAAUGCAUGCGUGUGGUCAUCAGGCAAGUCUUCAUGCAGUUCCAACUCUACUUCGACAGCUGACAAUGGAUGGCUAACACAAGAGCUUGACUCAACGGGCCAUGAAAGAAUCAAAUGGGUGCAGCAGAAUUACAUGAUCUACAACUAUUGUACUGAUUCUAAGCGUUUCCCACAAGGCCUUCCUCCUGAAUGUUCAAGUUCCACAUCCUCUUAGAAAAUGUGACCGUUGAUGGACAUAGCAUCCAACCCUUUUUCUUUUUCUUUUUCUUUU